AUGGCGACUCGCGGGUUUUGUACAGCGCUCCUGCUCACCUUCGGACUUAUACUGUGCCUCCAAGCGGUCCCGUCUCAGAGCGUCCGAUGCUACUACAGGCCUCUCGCGCCUUGUGAUUUCGUGGUGCAAGGAAGUGCAGGUGUUGUACCACAGUACCGCGUGGUGUCGUUUCUGGGAAACAAGCUGCUCAGCCGCACGCCCAUCGUCCACAAGUCCGGGGAUCCUGUCAUCACUGCUUCUUCAGAUGACUGCACGUUCGUGAACUCCGGCGCGAGUUGCGAGAACCGUUUCUUCUUCAUGCCGCCAGGCAACGACUACAACAAGACCAACUUUAUCGGGCAGCACCCCAUCGCACGCACUGGCCUUGCGGUAUACAAGCAGCAGUGCGUUCUCCUGUACAUGAACAACGCUCUCUUGGCGAGGGCUGGGUGGCUCAAUAACGGGGACAACAAGCGCAAGUUUCCCCAGGCUCGCCGCUGUGUGGUCUUUACCACGAUCUAG